AUGCCGCGCGAAACCAUCCCUCGAGCUUGCGACGCCUGUCGUCGCCGAAAAGUAAAAUGCACACCACACCGCCCAUGUAGUCCCUGUCGAUCGAUGGGGCUGAACUGCCGGUCAACUAGUUCUGGGCGCAAAAAAGGGCGACAGGGACGCUCAGCUAAUGUAUUGUACGAAUUGAAGGCAAAUACAAAUCCAGAUGCAAUUGACGAGACCCCAUCGAGUGGUAUUGCACCUGCCGAGAUACCUAAUGAUACACCGACGACAGUAUAUGUAAAGAGGUCUGGAUUGUUGGAUGAUGGGCUCGUGCAGAGCUGUGCUGCGUACUUCUAUUCUCGGAUGUUAGGGACGGUACCGAUUUUGCAUCCUGAUAAGUUUCAAGAGCAGGUGGAACGUAUGAAUGAGUGCCCUCAUGCAUAUUGCCUUGUAGUGGCAUUCUGUGCUUUCGUGUUGACGCAGACGGGGUAUCUUUCCUGCCAUCAGGGUACGGGCCCGGAUACGGGCCGCGCUUUGUUAGAUGAAGCCAUGGCUGCUCGGCGGCAUUUGGAUCCGUUUUCUGCGCCUAUUAGACUUGGUAUUACCAUUGCCUUUCUUUCAUACGGGUGCCAUAUUGGAUGCGGGAACCAGCGUCAGGCUUAUUACUUCCUGCGCGAGGCCACUACGUUUUACACGGCCGAUAUGUUGGACCAGUCCCCCGAUGAAGACCAACCUUGUUUCUCGGGGAAGCUAUUCUGGUUGUUAUUAAUAUCCGAACGUGCCCAUGCAAUCCGCCGGCGGCGUCCAGUAACACUGCAGAUCACAAACACCAGCCCAACAUUAAACACGUCACCCCUGGAUACUUUCUCUGUCGGCUUCAGCCAUCUAGUCGAUCUCUACCGACCUUUCGACGAAACCUUCCUCGCAAUCUGGAACGGCAAUCAACCAAUCUGCACCCGGGAAUCCCUAGUCCAGCUGGAAGAGCACCUUCAGCGCUCCGUCCCGGCAGACCUCGACCUCCCGGAUAUCCUCCUCGCCGAUCUCCGUGUCUCGCAGCAAUGGCUCCGCACCAUGAUCUGGCAACUUGCCACAACGGCAGGUUUCCUAUCCAGCACGCCUACCCACCCAAGUCUCGACUUCCGGUAUCCCCUGCAGAUUGCCCGGGAUUUGUCCUUGGCGACGUGGAAGCUUUCUCGGGAGAGUAUGGAGACGCAUGGGGUCGGGUUGAUCGAGAAGAUAUUUGAAGUGGCGUGUACGUUAACAGAUGUUAUGGCUUGUUUGACUUCGACGGGGUUGAGGUCUUCCGGCUUUGAGAUGGGGCCCCAAGAUUAUUUGAAACAUUUGUGCUCGUUGGUGCAUUCCUUGCACGGUGGAAGAAAAAGGUUUUUGCCGUUGUUGAUGGCGAAGGUGGAGCAUACCUUGCCGGCAAUGGUGAUGCCUAUCAGUAGGCAUCUCGGAUUGGAGGAUCCGGGGAACUACGAUGAGGGGGAGAAGAAGGGCUUUGAGGGUGUAGGUGAUGUUGAGCGGGAUCUAAAUUGGGCGGAGAUGAGUCGGAUCGGAGAUAUGACGCCGGAUAUUGAGGAUGCUUCCCUAUUGUGAAAGUGCCAUUUGGAGAUUCCUCAUCUGCUGUAGCCUAAU